CUGAGUGACACAACGGAGUCCUCGGUGCAAACGGGUGGUGAAGGAUGCAAGAAAAUGACCUCAGAGUUGUAUUUAAGUAGAUCUUUUUGACCUAGAUUUGGGUUCACCAGCUCAGCAAUUGCCCUGGACCUGCUGAGAAAGACUCAGGGCCGGCGCAGGGUCACCAGGAGGAGGAGGCUCGUGGUAGCCAGGUCCAGCAAGAAGCUCGAGCAGCGUCUCAGAGGCGUGAUGAGGACGGCGCGCAGAGCCAGCAAUGUGGAGGUGCCCUCCUUCCUCCGCCAGCUCGUCAAAGAAACUGAGAAGAUGGUGACCUUCUUUUUCAAAGGCGGCUCAAGAGAAAAGGGGCCCGAGGAGCAAGACAACUGCGACGAAGACGACGACAUUCCCAGCCCGUACCUGGAGAGGCCCAUUCUGGAGAAGCACGUGUCCGAGGGGGGAUCCCUGUCAGGGCUAAACUACGCGGUGGCGAGCAUGCAGGGCUGGAGGGCUCAGAUGGAGGACGCGCACACGUGCAUGCCUCACAUGAGAGGAGAGCUGCACGAGUGGGCCUACUUUGCCGUGUUUGAUGGCCAUGCGGGGAGCACCGUGGCCCAGUAUUGCUCCAGGAACCUGCUGGACCACAUCCUCGCCACAGGUGGGGUAAAAGCAAGCGAAGACCCGGAGCAGGUGAAGGAAGGCAUCCGUGAGGGAUUCCUCGAAAUUGACCGCCAGAUGCACAAACUGGCCCGAAAGGACAACUGGGACCGAAGCGGCACCACAGCGGCGGCCGUCAUGAUCUCCCCGCAGUACGUGUACGUCAUCAACUGCGGGGACUCGCGCACUCUGCUCUGCCAUGACGGCCAGCUGGUCUUCUACACGGAAGACCACAAGCCCUUCAACCCCAGGGAGAAGGAGCGAAUACAGAACGCCGGCGGCUCGGUCACACUGCAGCGUGUCAAUGGCUCACUGGCCGUGUCCAGAGCACUGGGCGAUUUCGACUUCAAGGAGGUGGACUGGAGGCCUCAGACCGAGCAGCUGGUGUCGCCCGAGCCCGAAGUGUACGAGGUGCAGCGGGCGGGCCGGGACGAGUUCAUCGUGCUGGCGUGUGACGGCGUUUGGGACGCCAUCGGCAACGAGGAACUCUGCGCCUUCGUGCGCAGCCGUCUGCAAGUGUGCGACGACCUACGAGAGAUUUGCACUCAAGUCAUAAACCUCUGUCUCUACAAGGGCAGUUUGGACAACAUCAGCAUCAUCAUAGUGUGCCUCCCUGGCGCUCCCAAGGUGUCACAAGAGGCCCUGCAGCGGGAGGAAGAGCUGGAGCGACACAUUGACAUGAAAGUAGAAGAAAUCAUCCAGAUGAUGCGGUCCAAAGAUGAAGACCCUGACCUGUUGUAUGUGAUCAAGUUCCUGGCAGAGGAGGAGAUACCGGGACUGCCUCCGGGGGGCGGCAUCACCAGCAAGCGAGACUGUAUCAUCUCUUCAUAUCAGAAACACAUCGCAGCUCUCGGGACUCACGAGCCAAUGGACAUUGGCGGAUCAGAAGAGGACUCCAACUAAAAGCAUCGCCAUAGAAACGCAGUCAUCAACAUCCUCCCCCAAGCCCAUCCACAUUUCAGAAGCGCUUGUUGACUUUUUAAUGCAGCAUACUGUACCUAUUUAUUCAAGCCAAUUUGUGUCCAUUUUUUGUAAAUACAAAAUAAAUUAACGCGGUCAUUAUG